UUGUGGUGAAGAAAAAAAUAUGACCAAAUCCGAACUUGUAUUCAUUCCAUGUCCUGCGCUAAGCCACCUCAUCCCCACCGUAGAGACGGCCAAGCUCCUCCUCCUCCGCGACAGCCGCCUUGCCGCCACCAUACUCCUCCCCCCUCCCAUCUUCAUAAUCGACGCCAUUGCUGAAACCUACGUAGAAACCACCUCUUUAAACCCUACGUUUUCCUCACGACUUAAAUUCAUCCACCUCCCUCCCAUUCAACACUCAAACAAACAUUUCUUCGAGCAUUACAACGUCCAAAUCCCCAACGUCCGGCAAGAAAUCUCCAACCUCCUCUCAAAGGAGCAAAAUCCCCGCCUCGCCGCUAUCGUGCUCGACGUUUUCUGCAUAGGGCUCGUCUCCGUCGCCGCCGAAUUCGGCCUGCCGGCGUACCUUUUCUUCACCGGCGGUGCCACCUGCCUCGGCAUUUACCAACACCUCGUCUCGCUGAGAUUCGACCAUAACGAAGAUGUCACGAGGUACAAAAACGCGGAGGUAGACUUGCCGGUGCCCUGCUUUUCUCUCCCAGUUCCGGCAAAAGUCUUGCCGGCGGUGACGGUGGAUGAGACCUUCUCCCCAGAGAUCUUCUUGAGCCAUUUCAAGAUGUUUUCUGAGGUAAAUGGUGUUUUGAUCAAUACGUUUUACGACAUGGAACCAUACGCAGUUGAGUCGCUCUUGACCGAUGAUAAGACACCGGGGAUUUAUCCGAUCGGACCGGUUUUGAAGGUGGAAAGCAAAUGGUUUGACGAAGACGACGAUGUGAAGAAAUGGCUUGACGAUCAGCCGGAAAAUUCAGUUGUUUUCUUGUGUUUCGGAAGCCUCGGUAUAUUUGGUGAAGAACAGGUGAGGGAAAUCGCCAAGGGUUUGGAGAAUAGUGGGAGUCGUUUCUUGUGGUCGUUGAGGAAGAGUCACAAUCCCAAGUUAGAGAGAGAAACAUCCGAAUAUUUCGAGGGUUUCUCGGAGAGGACUAAAGGGUUUGGGAGAGUGAUGGGGUGGGCCCCGCAGGCAGCUGUGCUGGCGCAUCCUGCGGUGGGAGGGUUUGUAUCGCACUGUGGGUGGAACUCGACUCUCGAGAGCGUGUGGUUUGGAGUGCCCAUGGCUACUUUCCCGAUGCAUGCGGAGCAGCAGCUGAAUGCAUUUUAUCUGGUCAAGGAGAUGGGGAUGGCGGAGGCGAUUACGUUGGAUUAUCAGACGGAUUUCACGGGAGAGAAGCCGCCCGAGAGUGUGGGGUGGGAGGUGAUCGCGGGGGGGAUAAGGCGGCUGAUGGCGGAGGAGGGAGGGAGUGGGGUGAGGAGGAAGGUGGAGGAGAUGGGGAAGAAGGCAAGGGAAGCUUUGGUGGAAGGUGGAUCAUCUUACAAUGCUCUAAUUCAUUUUAUUGAGGAUGUUAUGACUAGGACUGGCUAAAUAUACCGUAAUACCGAAAUAUCGCAUUUAUCGUAUUGAAAAAAUACCAAAAAUACCGAAUUUGCGGUAUACCGCAAGUUGCGGUACGGUAUGAUACUGUACCAAUAGAUUUCGGUACGAUAAAGGUAUAGAUUUUCCUUUACCGCGGUAUACUGUAAUAUACCGCAUUUACGAUAUUUACCAAAAAUUUAUUA